AUGGGUUUUAAUGGUUUUUGGGGGGGGGGGGGAUUAGGGGGGGGGGUUUUGUUUGGGGGGGGAUGGGGUUUAAGGGUGGUGUGGUGUGAGUGGGGGGGUAAUUUGGGGGGGGGGGGUUGUUGUUUUAAUGGGGUGGAUGUGGAUUGUUGGGAUGGUGGGGAUGUGGGUGGGAUUGAGGGGGUUUUGGGUUUAUGGGAUUUGGGAUUGGUGUGUGGGAUGGUGGGGAAUAUAGAUGAUGGGGAUGGGGGGUUUUUGGGGAUUUGUGGGAUGGGGUGGGGGAGUGGGAUUAUGGGGAUUGGGGGGGGAUUUUGGGUUGGGGUAUUAUUGGAUUUUGGAUGUGGGGAAUUGGGAGUUUGGUGGGGUUAUGGGAUUGGAAGGGGGUUUGUGGGGUGUGGGGGGGGGGGUUUGGGUAUGAUUGUUUGGUGGGGAAUGUGGGUGGGAUUGGUGGAUGAUAUGGGAUUGGGUGUGGAGGAGGUGGUAGGUGGUAGGAGGAAAUAG